UCGCUCAUCUUGUUUCAAACUUAUCUGACAACAUGAGCGGAAGAGGAAAGGGAGGAAAAGGACUCGGCAAAGGAGGCGCCAAGCGUCACCGUAAAGUCCUCCGUGAUAACAUCCAGGGAAUCACCAAGCCCGCCAUCCGCCGUCUGGCUCGCCGCGGCGGAGUGAAGCGCAUCUCCGGUCUGAUCUACGAGGAGACCCGCGGUGUGCUGAAGGUCUUCCUGGAGAACGUGAUCCGCGACGCCGUCACCUACACCGAGCACGCCAAGAGGAAGACUGUGACCGCCAUGGAUGUGGUCUAUGCCCUGAAGAGACAGGGACGCACCCUGUACGGCUUCGGAGGAUAAACACAGACUUCUGUUACCAACACACAAACGGUCCUUUUAAGGGCCACGCACUCCCUCUCCGAAGAGUUGAUUUCCUGUUGAUUAUCAAAAUUUAGUAUACGUUCUAUGACAACUGUAACCAUCUGGAAAAAUUUUAAUCAAUUGCAAUCUAUGCAAUGUCUAGAUGUAAUUUUACAUGAUGGGUACUCUUUCUCCACUUUUCUUUGCUGUUCAAGUAGCCCAUGUGUCUGCUAAUUUAGUUCUCUCCAUUAUAUAGUGCUGAACAUGUACUUCAAUACAGUGCUGAACAUUUACUUUCUUCAGACUGUACCU